GAGGUAGGUAGCCAUCGAGUGACAACAAUAUCAAGAACGCGCGAUGCAGAGAGCCUCAAUCCGUUCUGAAUUUCCAUUUCGCGUACUGUUGAAAAUAAAUAGCGCAGUGGUACGAAGAUGAAAUCAUUCGUUGCUUGAUCAAUAUUAAUUUCAACUUUCCAGAUCGUAAUAUCGUUGUGCAAACCCCUGUUCUCACUGUUACAUUGUGCGCUACCUAAAAACACCGCAACAUCGAACCGAUAAGCAAUUGUUCAUCUUCGCUUUUUUGUGGACAUAAAGCACAGCUGAAGAUCUUGACGGGGUGAAGAAGUGGUGAGAAAUACACUACGAGUAUUGGCAAAAUACAUCAACUCUACAACUACAACUCUGGUGGCAGAGACUUAACCAAGAAUGGAUCCUCUUACAGCACUGUCAAUAGCGGGAAACAUCAUGCAAUUCUUAGACUUUUCCUGUAAACUAAUAUCAGGCGUACAAGAGAUUUACCAAAAUGGCCGACUUGACGUACACACCGAAACCCAAAAAGUGGUCGAAGACCUCUCGAAGUUUAGCUCCGAGAUGUCCAUUUCAAUUCAAAGCGAUAGAAUAACCAGGGCUCUGACUCAAAAUGAAAUUCAGCUAGAGGAACUUUGCUCGGAUUGUUCGAGCCUUGCUGGAGAGUUGGUCAAGCGACUGAAAACCUUUCAGCUAUCAGAUGGCUUUAACAAAACAGUGAAAAAGAAGAAAAAGAAUGGAUUACAUGUCUUCAAAGAAGCGAAGACCGUAUGGCUCAGCGUUAGUCAGGUUAUCAAAAGCACGUUGUCAUCGACGGAGUUGAAAGAAAUGGAAAGGAAACUUCAGAAUCUCCGAGAUGCGAUAAAUGUCCGGAUGCUGGGCUCCUUACGGGAGAGAGUGGAUUGUUUAUUACGAGAGCAAUGCAACCAAACUUCCGAUAUUAAUCGCCACAUGACCCAGCUAGUACAAAGCUCGUUUGAGGAUAUGAAAUCUGGGAUAGCUGGAGAAAUGCAAGCUCAAACGAGGUUUAUUCGUGAUCUUAUUGCCGACUCCAACAAGACUAAAGGACAUCUUGGGGUUGAAGACGAUGUCAAAAGUUUCUUCAUUUCUAGAGCUCAAGUCCGCGAAAACAUUCUCAGAAGGGAGAUGAAAUUGCAUGAACGUGCAACAAAAGCGAUACUCGAAAGCCUUUACUUUCCGACAAUAACUGAACGAUAUGAAAAAAUUGCCGAGGCACACAGAAAGACUUUUGAAUGGGUAUUUAGGCCCUUAGUUGACGAAGAAGAUGUGAAAGACACUCAAUGGAGCGAUUUUGUUGAAUGGCUUAGUGGGGGACAAGGUAUUUACUGGAUCAAUGGCAAAACCGCCUCAGGAAAGUCUACCUUGAUGAAGUUUAUCUAUGAUCAUCAAAAAACGAAAGAGACUCUGCAACAGUGGGCCGAUGGAAAACCAUUGUAUAUCGCAAAGUUUUUCUUCUGGUGGGCAGGAACAGAAAUACAGAAAUCACAGAACGGUUUAUUACGAACGCUGUUAUUUGACACUCUGCGACAAAUGCCACAGAUGACUCCACGUAUAUUACCCUCGGCGUUCGCAAUGACAUAUGCUCGUGAAUCUUUUAUUUCAGGAUCACCGCACUCGUAUGUUUGGGACACAUCAUCGCUCUCAGAAGCUUUCGCAGCCCUUGUCUCGCAAACGGAAAUGCCUAUGAAGCUUUGCCUGUUCAUUGACGGCUUAGAUGAAUAUCACGGUCUAGAAGUCGAGAUUUCAAGGCUUUUCAAGAAAAUCGUCUUCUCUCCUGAUGUGAAAGUUUGCAUUAGCAGCCGGCCACAUGUACCAUUUGAGGAUGCGUUCUCUACUUUUCCACAGCUUCGUUUGCAAGACUUUAUACACAAAGAUCUUAAUCUCUAUGUCAAAAAUUGUCUAACCCUUGACAAGAUGAUGGUCUCACUUGCCGAACGCGAGCCUGUACAAUGUCAAAAACUUGUGCAAGAGAUUGUCAAUGAAGCUCAAGGCGUGUUUUUAUGGGUAGUACUUGUAGUGAAAACUUUGAUGGACGGUCUUAGCAAGCACGAUGGAAUAUCAGAAUUGCAACUACGAUUGAGUGCUCUACCUAAGGAUUUAGACGAACUCUAUGAGGUGAUGAUUUUGAAAGUCAAUGAUAUAUACAAAGAGGAAGCCUCCAGAUUGUUUCAACUUGUGAACAAGGCAACCGAGAAACCUGGCGACUAUAGAACAGCUGAGCUCCUCUCGGUAUACACACUCUAUCUUGCAAACAAGCGGUCUAUCAACCUCACUCACGAACUAGUCAAAGGACGGGUAAGUGAGGAGGAAAUUCUACAAUAUUGUAAGAAAUUGGAUAUCGCACUAAAAGCAAGAUGCGGAGGUCUACUGGAGAUUCAAUACGGACGGAUAAAGUCAGCAGCUCCUCGACCUAUGAUGAAAGUUGGUUAUCUUCACAGAACCGCUCAUGAUUUCAUCCUGAAAGAGAAAACUUGGGAAACGUUGAUCAAAGGAGUAAGCGGCGGACCAACCGGAGAUAAAUUUAGUCCCAACAUUGCAAUACUUAAAUCAAUGAUCCUCCAAAUAAAGGAUUGCGAAAAUUCUGAUGCACAUCAACUCAUCAAUAAUUCGUUCACUUUCAUUCACAGGAUCGAGGCUGAUGAAUCUGUGUCCGCUGGGGAGGCCGAGGAACUCUUCGACGCAUUUUCUAGUGUAGCUGUUGCUUCUAGGUAUAUUGAUAUGUCAGAAAAUGACCAUAAUACAUCAAAGGAGGUGGAAGUCUUAAUGUGUCUACUCCGAAAACAUAGUAGGAAUCCAAACGAGCCUUUGGAUGGAAUAAGUGCCUGGCAAAGCGCUUUGUCACAUGUAAUUUCUAAAUGCGAUGCGGCAUCACCAUAUGCGCGAUUAAGGUGGGAACUUCUUAUUAAAGCUUUCCUGGAAAACAAAGCAGAUCCCGAAGCAUGCUGUAAGAGUUCUGACCAGAAAAUUUAUUCAACGUCUGAGGUUAUCGCCAAGGUGUUUCGGGAUAUUAGGCAAAGCAGUCCGGCAAACAGUUUUUAUUUGGAACGAUUGAGGACACAAGUAGUUAAGUAUGAAGAUAGUAAGACUAAGAUGCUACUAAAGACUCAGGUGCCUACAUUCCAGGUUUUUGCAGCUCUGAAUAGUACUCAAGCUCCUGGAAAUCAUCGUUGGAAGCAGAAGAGUAUUUUUGGAAAGAUAAGACAUCAUUUCUCAACAAGUAAAUAAAUGCGACACUGUGAAAUAGGAGUUUUUUCAUAGCCUGAGAGUAUUUAAUUAAAUAUUGAUACCUAUCA